GAAAGGGCGGCCUAGCCACCGAGAACAGAAUCGCGGCCAAGUAUGAUGGCGGCGGCGGCGGCGGCGGCCUCUCUGUGCCGGGGGAGCGCUCGGCAGCAGUGGCGAUACAGGUUUCUGGAGCGGUUCGCCGUGUCGCCAACGAAUAUUGUACAGGUUACAGGAUAUAGAUGGUGCCUUAUCACUUCUCAUGGCUUCCAUUCAACAGUUUAUGAUCCAAAUGAAAAGACUUUUGAUAAGCUUCUUAUUGCAAACAGAGGAGAAAUUGCCUGCAGGGUAAUUAAAACAUGCAAGAAGAUGGGAAUUAAAACAGUUGCCAUACACAGUGAUGUUGAUUCAAAUGCUGUCCAUGUGAAAAUGGCCGAUGAAGCCGUCUGUGUUGGCCCAGCUCCCACUAGUAAAAGCUACCUCAACAUGGAUGCUAUCAUGGAAGCCAUUAAAAAAACGCGGGCCCAAGCUGUUCACCCAGGAUAUGGAUUCCUUUCAGAAAAUAAAGAAUUCUCCAAGCGUUUGGCAUCGGAAGGUGUUGUUUUCAUAGGACCAGAUAUGCAUGCCAUUCAAGCAAUGGGAGACAAGAUAGAAAGCAAACUGUUAGCCAAGAAUGCAAAGGUCAAUACUAUACCGGGUUAUGAUGGGGUGAUAAAGGAUGCAGAUGAAGCUGUCCGAAUUGCAAGGGAAAUUGGCUACCCUGUGAUGAUCAAGGCUUCGGCAGGUGGUGGUGGAAAAGGCAUGAGAGUGGCAUGGAAUGAUGAAGAAGCCAGGGAAGGUUUCAGGUUUUCAUCUCAAGAAGCUGCUUCAAGUUUUGGUGACGAUCGGUUAUUAAUAGAAAAAUUUAUUGAUAAUCCUCGCCACAUAGAAAUUCAGGUAUUGGCUGACAAACAUGACAAUGCAUUAUGGCUGAAUGAAAGAGAAUGUUCAAUUCAGAGGAGAAACCAGAAAGUUAUUGAAGAGGCACCAAGUACCUUCUUGGAUUCCAGAACUCGUAAAGCUAUGGGAGAACAGGCUGUAGCUCUUGCCAGAGCUGUAAAAUACUCAUCAGCAGGAACAGUGGAAUUCCUUGUAGAUUCAAAAAAAAAUUUCUAUUUUUUGGAAAUGAAUACCAGACUGCAGGUUGAACAUCCCAUCACAGAAUGCAUUACUGGUUUGGAUCUGGUCCAAGAAAUGAUCCGUGUUGCUAAGGGAUACCCUCUUAGGCACAAGCAGGCUGAUAUUCCCAUCAACGGCUGGGCAGUUGAAUGCCGAGUAUAUGCAGAGGACCCUUACAAAUCUUUUGGUCUGCCCUCUGUUGGCAGAUUGUCUCAAUACGAAGAGCCCCUGCAUGUCCCAAAUGUUCGCGUUGACAGUGGCAUACAGCAAGGAAGUGAAAUCAGUAUUUAUUAUGAUCCCAUGAUUUCAAAACUGAUCACCUAUGGAUCCAACAGAAAUGAAGCUUUGCAGAGAAUGGAAGAAGCCUUGGAUAAUUAUGUUAUAAGAGGUGUUACUCAUAAUAUAGCAUUGCUACGUGAAGUAAUAAAGCAUCCACGCUUUAUCCAGGGAGACAUCAGCACGAAGUUUCUUCCUGAGGUAUAUACCGAAGGCUUCAAAGGGCACAGAUUGGAAGACUCUGAAAAAAGAGAGCUACUAGUAAUAGCAGUGUCGCUAUAUAUGGCUGAACGACUUAGAUCACAGCGAUUUCUGGGAACUCCAAGGAUUUCCCUUGCUCCACCUGAUGCAAAAAACUGGAAAUUAUAUGUCCAGCUUGGAGAUUCAACUCAUUCAAUUGUAGCUUCUUGUCAAGGAUCCACUUACUUGGUGGAAGUCAAUGGGAGAAAAUGUUGUGUGACUGGUGAAUGGAAUUUGGCUUCAGCUGUGUUACCUCUUCAAGUGGAUGAUGUUCAUAGAACUGUCCAGUGCCUUUCUCGUGAUGCUGGUGGAAAUCUUAGCAUUCAGUUUCUUGGAACAGUGUACAAAUUGCGUGUGUUGAACGAGCUUGCUGCAGAACUGAGCAAAUACAUGCCAGAAAAAGUUACGGAAGAUACCACAAGUAUCAUAAGAUCCCCAAUGCCUGGAGCAGUAGUGGCAGUUUCCAUAAAACCUGGUGACAUGGUUGCAGAAGGUCAAGAAAUUUGCGUGAUCGAAGCUAUGAAAAUGCAGAACAGUUUGGUGGCUUCUAAAACUGGCAAGGUGAAAGCGGUAUACUGCAAAAUUGGCGAUACUGUUGGGGAAGGAGAUGAACUUGUGGAAUUGGAAUAAAUCAUUUCUUUCUAAACUUACCGGUCGGUCAACCAGAAAUUAAAAUGAAUGUUUAUGAAAGCAAAGGAGUUAUGUAAACUCAACUAUUGCUUUACUUUUUUUUUUUUUAACAAAAAAACAAAAAUAAAAAUGCAGUGGGUUGAUCUAGGUCAUCUUUCACAAUUUAAAUUAACAUUUCACUUCACUCCAUUAUAAAUAUUUGUAUAUAUGAAAUUUGUAAUUCUUUUCAUUAGAUCUAUUUACAUGAAGAAAAUUAAUAAAAUCAACAUUUUGGUGUAUAAAUUAUGUGUGAUGUUUAAAGUUUUUAAGAUAAACUAUUUUAAGAUGUUUAAACUUUUUAAGUGUAUAGAUGUACGUGCAUAUAUAGGAGACUGAAAAUAUUUUCUGACAAUUCGUCAGUCUGUAAAAUUGACGGACAAGUUUGUCAGUAAAAGUAUGUUAAAAAUAUUUAAGGUUUUCGUACACAAUCUAAACUUUUAUGUAAUGUGCUUGACUAUAACAGUUGUUGGCGUUACGAGACUAGCUGACAAGCCUUCUCUUCUAUCCAACAAAGGACAACAUUGAGCUAUUUUGAUGCCUUUCAGAUGUUACCAGAUUUAUACACUCAGGUGAAGGAUGCAGCUGAAAUGUUUGAUGGAAUAGCUUAUCAGAGCAAUUAAGGUAGCAGAUGUAUGGCGCAAAGAAUCAAAUUGCAGUUAAUCAGAUUUAUUGCUAAUGCAUAUACACAGGAAUCUAGUCAAUUAACAAUCAGCAGUAAAUUGGCUGUAGAUAAGAAUUAUGGAAGUUCAAGAGAGGCUGAACUUGCUGCUGAUGAGUAUGUAGAUUCCAGGCUAAUUCCUCUCUUGACUCUGUCCCAGGCUCUGCCUCCCCUUCCUUUACAGCAGAUGAAGAAGCAAUGUACGAUCGUCCUCCAUUCUCAUUAUAUACUGCCAAAUAGAUUUAUUUCAAAUGGAAGAGAUUACAUAUUUCAGGUCCUAUAACUCUAGAAUAGUGUGAUUUUUUAAAAAAUACCAAAAUCCAUGAUUUCUAAACUUUUGAACAAGUUAUCUUAGUUGAAACCAGUAGCAAUAUAAGAAUUUUGUCAAAUUUUAACUCAUCAUUACUAUACAAUUUACAGUUUUAAGAAGAUUCAUAUUAAGAAAAGCAGUAUAUGAAAAUUAUAUACAGUAUUGCAAGAAGUCAAUGGCAAAAAAGAAAUAGAUACAUCACUGAUAUAAAAAGAUGAUAAAAAUACAAGAAUGCUGAUGGUUCAGAACUUUCAACC